CAGAUAACAACCUUGUGUCGAUUAACACCACUUUGAUGUUCUCCUUUGACCAAGCAGGCCAACAACAAGAAAAUAAUAAUAAUAAUAAUAAUCCUGAACCUGUACGACCAAAAAGACCUCGAUCUAGUCUCGCUUGUAUAAGGUGUCGAAAGAAAAAGGUGAAAUGCGAUUUUGUACAGCCAACUUGUGGACGAUGUUCAACAGCUCGAUUACCUUGUAGUUAUGCCACUCCUCCUCGUCGUGUAGAUGGUCAAGCUUUUGAUCUAAUUGGUAAUCAUGUGGAAGAACUCAAAGAACGUAUACAAAAGAUGCAAUCUGAAUUGGUUAUGAUGAAAUCCAACCUACACCCUUUUUCUGGUGGUGACUAUCUAUCAGGUCCAACUGUUCAUCGAAAUCCUCAUCCUUUUGGUGAUACGCGUCAGGCUAACCAUUCUAGUAGUGUGAACGACCCAGCAUCUUCAUCUUCAAUGUUUGAAUCCCAGAAUCAACCGCAGCAACAACAACAAUUAAUCUCAACUGCUCAACAACCUGUUACAUGGAAAUUGUCGCUAUCUCCCUCCGGUUUACGUAUCGAUACUAAUAUAGCAAGUGUAGCUGAUCUUUAUCGUAUUCUACUCAAUGGUAUUAGUCAAUUGAAUAUUAGUGGUGAUUCGGCAACAACCUGGGGAAGAUACGCCAAAUAUCGUUCUUUUGGAAAUCGCAGUGCUUCUUCCACUCAACAACAGCAACAACAAGAACAAAUGGAUACUUCGGAUGGAAACAACGUUUUAGUGUCUACUUCUUCUGGUAUCGCUAAUAAUUCACAAUCAUCUGCAGCAUCUUCACCUGGACGACUAUGGGAAGUCAAUGAAACAGAAGCACGUAUCAUCCUUCAAGAAAAACAACCGGAUGAUACAAUGAAUCAAGAAACUCUCAACAAUCUUAUUCGUACCUCCUACCAUUCUUGUUUUCUGGCUUACCAAAUCGCGGAUCAGAAGACGUUUGUGCAACUCUAUGAAAAUAGACAAUCGGGACUGGAUCCUCUCUUACUCAACUCUAUCAAUGCGUGGCUAUCAAAACAUGGAUGUGUGUACCACGGUGCUUGCCCUGAUAAAGAUCCUUCAACAAUGGGUGAAACCUACUUCAAAAAUGCGCGCCAACUCCUGAAGAAAUGUUUUGAUAUCAGUAGUCCUAACACGAUUCAUGCUCUUAUCAACUUAUACAUGUAUCAACUCAGUUGUGAACGAUCAAGUCUCGCUUAUCUGUAUAUUGGACUUGCUAUUCGGAUGGCCCAAGAUCUCAAGUUUCACAAAAAAGAAUUUAUGCCGGCGGAUCCUACACUUAGGGAAGCGAAUAAACGAUUAUGGUGGACAGCAUAUUGGUUAGAUCUCUGCGCAGCUUUGGAAUCGAAUCGGCCAACAAUGGUGGACGACAAGGACUGUGAUUUGGAAUACCCAGUGAAACUAGAUUGUGAAGACGAUGAAACUGGAUACCGUAUUGGCUUUGCUGUGAACUCGAUCAAGCUGAUGAAGGUACGAAAGGAUAUCACCAAACAUUUACCAUCUGAACAAUCUGGUCAAUCUCUACUCUCUGCCAUCUCUCGAUUGGAAAAUGCGUUGACAAGUUGGUUUCAAGAUCUUCCUAUGGACCUUCGAUUUGAAUCUGAUGAAGCAUUCCAUACAACUAGUAGCUUUAGGGAUGAAGCAUGUCUUAUUCUCAACAUUCAAUAUCAAACGACAUGGAUCAUGCUACACAAAUUCUUCUUACCCAAAAAGAAUCAAACGGCAACUCCUGUAGCUUUACUUUCUCUCAACAUUUGUACCAAAUCUGCCAACUUUAUCACCAAAAUGUUGGAUAUUUACCGAUCGAAGCUACCAUGGUGUCAGUUUUUCUAUGCUAUCGAUGGUGUUAUUGCAAGUGUCACUAUCCAUCAAGUCAAUGCCAUAUCAACUGAAGAAGAGGUAGCUCAUUUGGCUCAACGGAAUUUGAUCGUUACUGCUGAUAUUCUUCGUCAAUCUCCUCUGAUUUAUAUGGAAAAGAUCAACGAAAUUGUUGAAAGCAUUGAAGAUUUUCUCAAGAAAAAUAACCUGGCCACCAAUUUACAAAAUCUUCCUGCUGUGAAUGAAGACUCUAUUAAUCAACAAUGCCUCUCAUCUGUCUUCCAUCCUACUGUAUUUGACCAAAAUGAAAUUCCAGUGAACAAGAACAAUAGCAAUUCGUCGAUUUCCUCUUCACCAUCCUCAUCAACCUUUAUUUCCGAACAAAGUCAACAACAGCGGCAUAGUAAUCCUGCGUUUGGAACACCUUCUUCAAUGAUGACUGCAUCCACUUUAUCAACUGGAAGUCAACCUGUGCCUCCUCACCAACGGUAUUUACAUAAUCAACAACAACAGCAUAGUCCUUUAUCUUUAUCAACAUCCCCUUUUACUCCUGUUAUGGAUCCACAGUCACAACAACAAUCAUCAAUGGCAUUGUCAACACCAUCUAGUUCGUUUGCUUUAUCAUCAUCACCAUCACCAUCUGUCAACAUACAACAACAACAAGGUAGUUCAUUAACAUCCAUCUCAAGCGACAACAACAAUAAUAAUAUUGUAUUUGGUGAUGCAUUAUUCAGUGAUCAUACUUUGUUGGAUUUCGGUACAAGUCCAUUACCUUCAGCACCAAUUACAAUGGGAAACACUACUGGCGAACAAGAAGCAAACAAAGCCAUGGAUCAAUUUAUUUAUGGAACUGAUAUGCAAUUUAUUAAUUCAACAUUACAAAAUAACUUGCAGCACCAAGGCAACAUGUUCAAUCAACUUGGAACAACAACAAUUCAAAUAGAUUCAUCUAAAACAAGUUUGGCAAAUAACAACAUUAGUAGUAACAAUAAUCAAUCUCAUAUAAACCACCAAUCAUCAUCAUCAUCAACAACAAACGAUCAUCAUUUAUUAUCUAUAUCCAAUACACCAAUGACAAUGUUCAACUCGGCAUAUCUUACAAACAGUCAAGGUAGUGGAUUUGGAAUGUCCUCUAUCCAUCAUUAUCAACAACAACAACAACAACAGCAAGAGGCAGUUCUCAGUACUUCUAUGGAAUCAUCUACAUCAUCUUCUUUACCACCAUCAUCAUCUACUGGGAUGUUUUCGACUAUGGAUGCCAAGGCUCUACACGAUUUACUUUAUAGUGAUGCGACUGGACGACAAGAUGCACUAAAUAGCAACUUAACAACAAACCAUACAGAACAUCAUACAACUACAAUCAGUGAUCAGUUUAGUUUUGGUUCACAACCGACACAUCAUGGGUUUAUGGAUGAUACGAUGGCCAAUAUGUUUGCAAUGGUUAAUAGCGACAUGAACACAGGACAAAAACGCGUCCAUCGGGAAUGGGAUGAUGCAAGCUAAGUUGGACUUUUGGAUGAACUUUUUUUUUAUUAUUUAGUUUUAGUUAUGUACUUCAUCCCCCUCAUUUUACCCUCCAUUUUAAUAUAGC